CACGCAUCUUCUAAGUUCUAUCAAUGUAGAAAUAUUACACUGUUUUUCUUCAUAUUAUAAAGUAUAACCAACGAACGGGUCACUCACGCAUCUUCUAAGUUCUAUCACACACACACAAAAAAAAGCAUUCGUGUCUCUCUUUCUCUCUCACGCACUAUCACACCACAAGAAAACGCGCAGAUGGGCAUUGCAGAGCGAGACAUAGAUGAUCUGCCGAAGAACCCAGCUAACUAUACGGCGUUGACGCCUCUCGGGUUCCUGGAGCGAGCCGCCCUCGUCCACCCGACCCGUAAAUCCGUCGUCCAUGGCUCCGUCUCCUACACGUGGCACCAGACCUACCGCCGGUGCCGCCAGCUCGCCUCCGCCCUCACCAAGCGCGGCGUCACCUUCGGUAACACCGUCUCAGUGAUUGCACCGAACGUCCCAGCCAUGUACGAAGCUCAUUUCGGGGUCCCAAUGUCAGGCGCUGUCCUAAAUGCUGUCAAUGUCCGACUAAAUGCCCAAACAAUCGCUUUUCUCCUGGGACACUCCCAGUCCUCAGUCAUCAUGGUCGAUCAAGAAUUCUACUCUUUAGCAGAGGAAGCUCUCAAAAUCAUGGCCAGCUCAGAAAAAUCCGAAUACGCCCCUCCAAUUCUGAUAGUCAUUGCGGACGAAGCCUGUGACCCGGAGCCCCUCCGCCACGCGCUCAGCAAAGGAGCCAUCGAGUACGAGAAGUUUCUAGAAACUGGCGACCCGGAAUUUGCUUGGAGGGCCCCGCAAGACGAGUGGCAGAGUAUCACGCUGGGGUACACAUCUGGCACGACGGCUAGCCCAAAAGGGGUGGUCCUGCACCACAGGGGAGCGUAUCUCAUGGCACUCAGUAAUGCGGUUGUGUGGGGAAUGGGAGAAGGGGCCGUUUAUUUGUGGACUCUGCCGAUGUUUCAUUGCAAUGGGUGGUGCUUCACCUGGACGCUGGCGGCGCUUUGUGGGACGAGCGUGUGCCUUAGGCAGGUGUCUACUCAGCCAUCUCGACCCUCGGCG